CCGGCCUCGCCCCGCCCCGGUUCCCGUUUCCGGCGGGCGCUGCGAUCCCUGCGGGCGGCUGGCGUGCCCUCUACCUGCAGCGCAGGACUCCGGGAGGGCGAUUCCGGUGUGGGCCAGGUGUCUGUCAACUCCUGCAGCCUGACACAGGAGGAGAAGGACCAUGCAGAAGAACACGGGCCCGCUAGUGCCUUUACACUACUUUGGCUUUGGCUACGCGGCCCUGGUGGCCACUGGUGGAAUCAUUGGCUAUGCCAGAGCAGGUAGCGUGCCGUCCCUGGCUGCAGGCCUCCUCUUUGGGAGCUUGGCAGGCCUGGGGGCCUACCAGCUCUCUCAGGACCCGAGGAACGUGUGGGUUUUCCUGGCUACGUCCGGGACCUUGGCUGGCAUCAUGGGAAUGAGAUUCUACCACUCGGGAAAAUUCAUGCCUGCGGGUUUAAUUGCAGGUGCCAGCUUGCUGAUGUUCGCCAAAGUUGGAAUUAGUAUGUUGGACAGACCCCAUCAGUAAGCGUCCUGUCCCUGGGCUCGGGGAGAAUCCAACAUCUCCAGACUCCAGUGUUUCCAGUGUAUUCCGGAAAUAAAAUGUGGCAUUUUUUCAUAGUAUGAUGUUUUACCUUUAAAAGACACUGAACCUGACAGGAAGAACUAGUCGUUACCGUCACAACUAUUUGGAAGGACUCAGUGAUAGCCUCCGCGUGGCCCCGUGCCUCCGUCUCAUCUCAGUGUGAGAUGCUAGGUGUCAACACUGGGGAGCGCUGGCCCCCCGCUCAGAGCGACGGGAACAAACGCUCUUUGUCUCAGCUUGAGCUCAGACCCACUUGGAAAUUAUGUGAAAUGAAAUAUCACUGAAAAUAAAAUUAUAAAUAAUA